AUGCCAGACGACGGCCGGCCAGCAGGCGACGAGGAGCGCCAGCAGAAGCAGCCGACCUCCCGCGAGAAGCUCCUAGAAGAGAUUGCCACGCGCAUCGAAGAGUCCAAGAAGCUGCAGGAGGAGUCGACCGAGCUGCACAAGCAAGCGGAUGGGGCGGGGGACCCCGCCGCGGCCGAGGAUCUCAAAUUCCGCGCCCGCGAGCUCGACAGGAAAGCCGCCAAGCUGCUGAAGACGGCCAAGCGGCUCGAGACGGGGUGGGUGCAGGGCGGGGCGGCCGGCGCCGGCAUAGGGGCCGCCGUGGCGGGAGGGCUGGGCGUGACCGUCGGGUCGCUGGUGGCCGGCCUCGUCGCCAUCCCCACCACGGGGCUGGGCAUCCUGGUGGGGGCUGGCGCGGGGCUGGUCCACGGCCCCUGGGUCAAGUUCGCCCAGGCGCUCAGCGGGGACGAGGUCGACGAGAUCGACGCGCAGGCGGAGGCGGAGGCCCGGCGGGUCCGCGGGAGCCUAGAUCCAGCCCUGCAAUAG